CGAUCCCACGACGGAAUAGUCCAAAGUAGGAAGUUGUGAUGUGUAGUUGUGCCAAGAUGGCUUGGGAAAUGGUCGGCGUCUAUCGCCUCCUGUCUUCUAUUCCUCUCUUUGUCAUCAUCGUCAAUCUUCAGUACGAAGUGUCAGAAGGAGGAGCGAACCCUCAGGAGAUUGACCAGCACCUAAAACUGGGGACGCAGCUGCUGUCAGCUGGCCAGUUAGCAGAUGCACUGUCACACUUCCAUGCAGCUAUCGAGGGUGAUCCUGAUAACUACCUGACCUACUUCAGGAGAGCCACGGUGUACCUGGCCAUGGGCAAGUCUAGACAGGCACUGCCUGAUCUGUCUAAGGUCAUCCACCUCAAGCCUGACUUCACUCAGGCACGGGUACAAAGGGCUAAUGUAUACCUGAAGCAAGGCAAGUUAAAUGAUGCAGAGGAAGACUACAUGGAAGUGUUGAGAGUAAACCCAAGUAACGAGGAUGCGAAAACACAGCUGGAAUUCAUCGAACCAAUCAGAGAAACCAUCUCCCAGACAGACGAGAUGAUGACACAAGGGAGGUGGAACGAAGCCAUCGAGCUGUUGACAGCCGCUAUCGAGAAAUGUGUAUGGGAUCCGUCCUUGAGAGAAAAGCGUGCCCAGUGUUAUAUGGAGAUUGGGGAACACUUUAAGGCCAUCAACGACAUCAAGCCCACCACCAAGAUGAGGCCAGACAACACCGAGGCUUACUUCAGAGUCAGCAAAAUGUACUACGAUGUAGGGGAGCUGGAGGAUUCACUCACAGAAGUGCGAGAGUGCCUUAAACUUGACCCUGACCACAAGAGCUGCUUCCCUCACUACAAACAUGCCAAGAAACUGAACAAGCUGUACGAGUCGGCUCAGAACUUCAUCAACGAGGGGAGGUAUCAAGAUGCAAUAGUAAAACUAGAGGCUGCUCUUAGGUUGGAGCCUGAAAUAUGGGCGUAUGUGCUAAGAUCCAAGUCCAAAAUAUGCAAAAGCUACAGAGAGUUGAAAGAUGUUCCACACGCCAUUAAGAACUGUGGGGAAGUGUUGGAAAUGGAUGAACACAACAUCGAAGCCCUGGUGGACAGGGCAGAGACAUAUAUCAUGGCAGAGGAGUUUGAAAGAGCUGUUGAAGAUUACCAGAAAGCACACGACAUUGACAACAACCUCAGACAUGUCGCAGAAGGCUUGGAAAGGGCCAAGAGGCUCCUCAAACAGUCACAGAAGAGGGAUUAUUACAAAAUACUCGGGGUCAAAAGAAAUGCGAGAAAACGAGAAAUAGAAAAGGCCUACAGGAAGUUGGCAGCAGAGUGGCAUCCUGACAACUUUAGAACAGAAGAGGAGAAAAAGAUAGCAGAGAAAAAGUUUAUAGAGAUUGCAGCUGCAAGAGAAGUACUAGCAGAUCCUGAAAAGCGAGAGAAGUUUGACAAUGGAGAAGACCCCCUGGACCCUGAACAGCAGGGGGGGCACAACCCCUGGGGCAACCACGGAUUCAACUUUAACCCCUUCGGAGGGCAGGGAUUCAACUUUAAGUUCCACUUCAACUGAGCAGGCUGCAUGGCACAACGUUGCUAGCCUUUACCAGGCUUCGGGAGUCGGCUGGAAAGAGUAGAAAUUGGCCAAAUAGAGAGAGAUAACAUGCCAGGGGAGUUGGUCCGCCUUUGCGGCAAACUGUAGUCUCUAGUGGACCAACUCCCCAUGCAUGUUAUCUGUUUCUAUUUGGUCAAAUUUCUACGUAUAUACUAUUUCCAGCCAUCUUCUGAAGCCUGGUACGGGCUACAAUGUUGUCCGUAACGUGUACAUGACAAAGUGUUUAUCUGUUAUUAUGUGAUUCCUUUGUUUUAGCCACUUCCACUUACAUUGUACAUGUAGAGCCUAGUCACAUGUGUGACCGCACUUGUGAAUCCAACCAUUGUUAGCAAUGUCUGUGUGCUUUUCAAAGAGGAAACUAUAAUUGUAUGCUUCAGUCUUUUGAUCUAGCUUAUGUUGCAUCCCUUAUUUAAUUGUAUGUCAUAAAAGAAGAGAGAAUUAUUAGUGAUAAGUAUGUACAAAUUCUAAUCAGGUCUUGCAUAUGUGAUUAUAGUAUUCAUCCUGCUGAUCAAAAUAAACAAAAAAUCAGACUUUUCAGACUUCUGGGUUUCGUGAUCUUCAAGUUUACAGAUUUCGGGAAAUAUUUUGGGAACUGUAGAGGAGAUUGUAUGAUGUAAUUUAAUUUGGUAUUACACCACUUUCUUAAGGCAUGUCCCUAUCAAUUGACUCCCUGUCAAAAUCACCUCCCACCCACCGUGAAACUCAAAGCAAUUUGGAUAGACCCAUAAUCUCAGCCACCCAAAACAAUACUCCCAAAAAGGCUGCUAUGUAUACAACUCUCUCCUUAUUGAUCAAAGAAUUAUCAGCUUAACAUUAGCUUAACAUUCAGACAUUGUCUUUCAACAUGAAGUACAUAUCAUUUUUCAGGGUCGAAAAACAAAAUUUGAAUAGUUAUCCAUACAUGUGCAACAAGAUAACAUUCUGCCUAUGAUUACAUUACCCCUUUCUGAAGUUACAUGUACUCGUGGACUCUUUCUCUGUAAUACAUGUACUAACAUUCAACAGAGUGAGGACAAUCAGAAUGGACCAGUGAAGUUGAUAAUUGCCUUUUAUUGAACAUACUUUAAUGCUAAAAAGGGUCAGGGUUAUUAUUUGUGUUGUGGCAACUCUGAUUCAUAGAAAAAGAGUUGGUAGUACCAUCUCUUCUUUCUACCUCCAUGGUAGUACUUUACUCUUAUUUCAUUGCCAAAGACUCUUCAUAAAGCAGUAGAGAGUCAACUAUAUUCAACAUUUUUGAAAAGUAUAGAUGAUGAACAUAGAGUUCUAGACUUACGAAAAACUUGUCAGACAUAUAGAACAUAUUUACACUUGAGCAACAAUCAUUGUGAUGCUUUGUAAAAUGUAUAUUAAGACAGGAUUUCCUAACUCACAAUUGCUGAAUAUGUACAUAGAAAUGUGAACACAGAUUGGUGAAGUAUUUGUUAUUCUCCUAUAUAAUACUGGGCUGUUUGUUGGACUGUACAUUCUAAGCUUAAGCCCAGGAAUGCUCAAUAUUGUACAGUGUGAUAAUGAAGAUACGUAAUUAAAUAUGAACAGAUUAAUUAAACAUUGCCUGGUUG